UUACGGCUGUUUGUCCCCAGCACAAUUGGAGCGUUUGGUCCAACCUCGCCCAGAAACCCGACUCCAGAUUUGUGCAUACAGAGGCCAAGGACAAUCUAUGGGGUGUCCAAAGUCCAUGCGGAGCUAAUGGGAGAGUAUUAUCACUACCGGUAUGGCUUGGACUUCCGAUGCCUCCGAUACCCAGGGAUCAUUUCUGCCGAUUCCCAGCCAGGAGGAGGAACAACAGACUAUGCCGUCCAGAUCUUCCAUGAUGCCAUCAAAACUGGAAGGUUUGUCUGCAACUUGAAACCAGACACUCGCUUGCCC